AUGGCGCACUCGGAGAGACAAGGGUUGGCAGGUUUGAGGAUUGAGACUGCGUUUCACCAGCAAAGACUAGAAUGGGCUGAGGAGAAGGAUGGAGGGAGGAGGAGAUCGGCAUCAGGUGGCGAUGGUAUCGAGAGCGACCGCACCAACAAAUCUCAUGAUUACGCGCGCCGCCGCGAUACUAAUGAAGACCACAGUGUGUUAAGUGAUUUGCACUCAGCCACGCCUCCCAUCUCAGUUCCCCGCCCCGACAGUCAUCCAGUCGGGGAGACUGAUGAUAACGGCUUCCCACACAAGCCGGAUGAUGUGCAGGGAUCCCCGCUCGACAAUUAUCUUCAAGCGCGCCACACCUCCAUCAGCUUCAACCCAAAUGUGUUUCUGGACUCCGGUCUGCAGCAACCACUAGAGGAGCCUCUCGACAAGGGUGACGUGAAGAAUCGGGCCCCGCUAAAAUUCGAGUCUCGGACUUCGGGCCUCCGGAACGCCCUCUCUCAGGAUGACGAUCCCGCUGACCGGAAGCCCGAAUGGGGUGAUGACUCCAAACAAUCUCAGGAACCGCGGGGUAUUCCGACCGGAGCUUCCCGAGCCCAUUCUGUCGUGAGCCCUGGAGAUGACUCAAUCACGCCCAAUGAAGGCGACCAGCCGACGUCGCUCACAUCACUCUCGACGGCAUCUCCAGGUGACGAAGUGCGGACCCCGCCCGGAAGCGCUAAAGAUGCACUGCUGUCCCCUCUUUAUAUCACCUCUCCCAGCCAACAGUUUUCCUUACCGGAAGAUCGCAGUGCAUCUUGGUCUACCGGGUUGGUGACUCCCUUUGGGAGUAAAACCCGCACUUCCCCAUUUAGCCGCCAUGGCAGCCUGCGGCAAAACUCUCGACGGUCUACUACUUCGAGCGGCAAGUCGCCUGCCGGCGCGUUCCUUUCUAUGUGGUCCGGCCGUGAAGAGCCUGUCUCGCAGCCCGAUGAUGAAGGCCAAAUGGUGGGCACCGACUACGUUCUUGGAAAGCAAAUUGGCUUUGGAGGUUUCAGUACGGUGAAAGAAGCCUUCAAGGUAGAGGAGCACGGCACAACUAAGCGACUCGCCGUCAAAAUCGUCAAGAAACAGAUCAAGGGCCACAGUGAGAGGGAAAACGAAGAAAUGCAAGCGGAGUUCGACCAUGAGGUCCGGGUUUGGCGGUAUCUCAGCCACCCUCACGUCUUGACCCUUGACUCCGUCUACGAGACAGAUUAUGCCACUUUCUGUUUCACCAAACUUCACAUCGGUGGGACGCUGUUCGAUUUGGUCCGCCAGAACCGCCAGGGUCUCUCACCGCACCUCGCCAAAAAAUACUCGUACGAGCUUGCUCGCGCGAUUCGUUAUCUGCACGAAGAUGCUCGUGUUGUCCACCGCGACAUCAAACUGGAGAACUGUCUCCUCGACCCCAUCGAGGCUCCUGAUGGUUCCCAGUCUUCAACUCUGGUCCUUUGCGACUUCGGAAUGGCAGAAUGGAUGACCGCAGACCAUGGGGGUGACAGCCCUGACCCUUACGAUGAGGUCGCCGAUCGCCCUCCGCCCAAGCAAAUGGGCCCUGCAGGCUCUAGUACUAGCGUCGCCGGCAGCUUGGAGUAUGCCUCUCCUGAAUUACUCCGGUCGACAAACAGUGUCAUACACCCGUCGGUCGACAUUUGGGCCUUUGGUGUGAUCGUCUUCGCAGUCGUUGUUGGAUCCCGUCCCUUUCAAGACUCCUUUGCACCUCGCAUCCAGACCAACAUCCUCAGUGGAACAUGGAACCAUGAUGCCGUUAUCGGCCAUGUUACCGAUGAGCUUCUGCGCAGGGAUCGUCAGGAUGCCCUCGAGUUGAUCGAGGGCUGCCUCGAAAUGGACGUUGAUAAGCGAUGGACUAUCCGAGACAUCCUGAACUGUGCCUGGCUCCGCGAAGUCGCUGAAACUUACAGCGAAAGCUCUCCAGAGUCUGCGUGGAGGCUAUGA